CGAAUAUCAACAAAUAUCGAGGAACUGUUCACGUGUGUAUACAUUGGGCAGGAGGAGCUUAGCCAAGGACAAAUUUCGAGAGUGGGGAAGAGAAGGGGAAGAAGUCCGCGCAAAUCUUUGAGAAUGUGAAGAAACAAAGGAGCGCAAAUGCCCAACCAGGCACGGCCUCGUCGAGAGUGGUCUCCCCAGUCCCCUAUACAUGUAUUGUGGAUGCCCCGCUCUGCCAUGAGGCCGGCCGAGGGCGACACAUCGGACUGCAUCCUUGUGGUUGGAAUAUCGAGGCCGAAAAUGGCCGCCGCCUUCCUCACCGUGGUCCUUCUCUCCCUGUUUCUCACGUUCCACAUCCUCUACGACAGCGCUGUGUACAGCCUUCACGCCGCCUCGGCCGUGGAGGGGCGCGCGGUCGAGCUCGUGUCCCAAGUCCGCGCCACGCCCCCCCUCCUCUUCUCGAGCAAGGUGCAUUUCCCCCGCACGAGCCGCCAUCUACCUCAGGCGAUAAUAAUCGGGGUGAGGAAAUGCGGGACGAGGGCCCUCCUCGAGAUGCUGUUCCUCCAUCCUCAGAUACAGAAGGCGGCUGGCGAGGUCCACUUCUUCGACCGCGAUGACAAUUACGGGAAAGGGCUGGAGUGGUAUCGAAGGAAGAUGCCAUAUUCGUUCAGGGGCCAGAUCACCAUCGAGAAGAGUCCAAGUUAUUUCGUCACGCCGGAGGUACCUGAAAGAAUUCGAGCGAUGAACGCGAGCGUGAAACUGUUGCUGAUAGUGCGGGAGCCAGUGACCAGGGCGAUAUCCGACUACACUCAACUACGCACACACGCGGCCACCGCCUCGACGAUGACGAACGGUACGCCUCGAACCGUGCAACAGCAACAGCAACAGCAGCAGCAGCAGCAGCAGCAACAACAGCAGCAAGCGGCGCGCAGCUUCGAGGAGUUGGUGAUACGAGCGGACGGUAGCAUCAACGAGUCGUACAGGCCGGUCGCCAUCUCCCUUUACCACACGUACAUGCACAGGUGGCUCGAAGUGUUUUCAAGGGAUCAGAUCCUGAUAGUGAACGGCGACCAGCUGAUCGAGGAUCCGGUGCCCCAGUUGCGCAGGAUCGAGAACUUCCUUGGAUUGGAGCCGCGGAUAGGAAGGCACAACUUCUACUUCAACCACACGAAAGGUUUCUACUGCCUUCGAAACGAGACGUCGGAGAAGUGCUUGAAGGAGAGCAAGGGUAGACGGCAUCCGCGCGUAAGCCCCGUGGUUGUCACCAAGCUGAGGAGGUUCUUCAACGAGCACAAUCAACGGUUCUACGAGCUCGUGGGGGAGGAUCUCGGCUGGCCCGAGGAAUAACCAUCGUAGAGGUGGUGGCUCGAUCGCCGUAUAUUGUAUCGUGGUUGCCACGUCGGGCCCAAAUCUUUUUUUUUUGCCCCGUUGUUCCGCGAAGAAUUUCUCUUUUUUUUUUUCCUUUUUAUUUUCAUUCCAACGAACGAUGCUGUUCUCUGCUUCGAUUCGAUCUAUUACUCGACGAGGUCGCGAAGAUUCCCUCGAAAAUGGACGAGGAAGAAGAAGGGAACAUCUUGUUGUGAAGGAAAAGGGAAGAGGAUAUCUUCGUGAUCUUGGAAUCGAAGAAGAAAUAUUCAAGGGUCGAUCAC